GGCAGAGGAGGGCUGCCUCCGCCGUGGACACCUAGCUGCUGCCCCACCGGCCGCGAUCGGAUACACGGAUGGAACCAAUAUAUACAAAACAUGUGACCACGCUGCCCGACCAGGGCGGCGAGGGCACGUCGCGGCUCCUGCGGCACCUCGACCCGGCGGCGCCCGCGCCCGACGCCCUCGACGCGAGCGAGAUCCCGAGCGUGGAGCAGGUGACGGCCUGCCUCGACGACCUGGAAGUGUUGGUUGCGCGGGAGACGCGGGCGAACCACCGAUUGCGAAAGGAGGCGGCGGCGCGCGGCGAACGUAUUAGAAGCGGUCUGGCGCGCUUCGGAGAGGACGUUGGCGAGGAAGUGGCUGCGGCGCGCGUUCCGAUCGGCGAGGCAUCAAAGGCCUUCGCCGACCACAAACUCGCGGAGGCCGGCGACAAUACACUCGCCGGCGAGGAUAAGCUGUUGACCAAAGCCCACCAUCGGCUCGAACGACGGCAGUCCCUCCAGACCACCAUCGAGGGCAUCGUGUCCUGCGCGAAGACCGAGGCGUUGUUACCAAAAAAGAACGGCAACGGCUGGGCCCUCGCGGUCAAGGACGCCGAGGCCUGGGGCCGCGCGGCGUUGGUGGCGGAGCCCGUGCCCGACGUGGCGGCGAUGGCGCGCGAGAAGCGGAAGGAGCGGCGGCGGAGUAAGGGCGACGCGAAGAGCGACGCGAAACGGGCAGCAGCAAUAAAGAAAAAAGAUGCCACCAAAAAGCACGAGGAGUGGGUCGAAUCGAGGCGGGGCCGGUUGGAUAAGAAGUAG